AUGGCAUACAAGCGGCCGCGCGCGCCUUCCCCGACUAACGCGCAAAAGCGCUCUCGCGGCGGACCGACAACCUACAUAUCCCUAGGCACCGGGCUUCCCGAAGAAGAGGCAGAUGAUGGCGCUUUCGUGCCGGUGUGGAAGCAGACCGUGACGGACGAGCGAGGUCGCCGGAGACUCCACGGCGCAUUCACUGGAGGUUUCAGUGCAGGAUACUUUAAUACAGUUGGAUCUAAAGAAGGAUGGACCCCGAAAACAUUCGUUUCCUCGCGCGCAGACCGCAAAAAAGACCAGCCCAAUGGCCCGACCCAGCGAGCCGAAGAUUUCAUGGACGAGGAGGAUCUGGCAGCAGCAGCCGAGUCGCGCCAACUGGAGACUGCGCAGAACUUUGCCGGCAUAGGCGAAGCUGGACAAGCGAACGACGAUGGACUAUUCGGCCUGUUUGUGACCCAGGAGGAGACAAUGGGCGUCAAGAUUGCGCAGAAGAUGGGCUGGCGACGAGAUCAGGGCAUUGGUCGCAAAGUGCGCCGGAAUGCUGACCUGGAAGAUGGCGCAUCGGGACCCAAGGACGACGCAGCUCAUCUGUUUGCGCCUCAAGAUGCUCGGAUUAUGACUUUGCCACGAGAAGAGGUGCGUCGCAAAGGCCUGGGAUACACGUCGGAAGCCCGCUUGGGUGUUGUGGAAGAAGAGGCUGCGGAUCGUCCAUCCAAGUUCGACUUGCAUUAUCUUGAGGGUCCGAAGAAGGCAUCGAUUGUGAAGAAACCUGCGCCGAAGAAGUCUUCCUUUGGCGUCGGUGUGCUAAACGAUACCGGCUCAGACGACGAAGACCCUUAUGAACUAGGUCCAAAGAUCACAUUCAACAAGACCAUAGGAAAGGAGAAGAAGGGGAAGAAGCCCAGUAAAUUCGCCAAGCCCGGGGCAGGAGAGAAGCAUGUCUUCGUCUCGAAGAAGAGUUCGUCCAAAGCCUUAGUCUCGCUGAGCAGGCCAUCUAUAGAUGGGAGAUCUCCGUUGAGUGGCUUCACGUUUGCGGCCGGCCUCACCGAACUCACCAGCAAGCCUAAAUAUCCUCCACCGAAGAUACCCCCAGGUUGGAAAUCUUCCAAAAGUGCCGCUCCGACUUCAGAAUCGAAAGACUACCAGUCUGUAGCAGACGCGGCGAAAGCAUCAACGUUGGAUGCUAAAGGGCGUUCGGCACUCUUGGGGGAGAAAGCUUUGCCCGGAAAGUCCAUCUUCGACUUCAUACCCAAGGACGCCCGAGAUCGGUUGGCUGCGUUAUCUGGUAAAGCCGAUCUGCCCCAGGGCCUGGGAGAAGCUGCUCCUGAAGGACAUUUGCCCGCAAGCAAAGCCCAACCAAAAGAUCUGUGGAGUUUCGUGCCUACUCUCGAUAAGAGUGUGGCCGCUGCAGCACUUGCCAAGGGCGCGACGGGCUGGAUGCCUUAUGCUGAGGACAUGCAGAAGCGUGCGCGUUAUGUCGGCUUCCUGGAGUUGAAAGCAGGACUGAAGGAGGACCUGCCAGAACGAAGGGAGGGCGUAUCAGUCUCCGACUGGAUCAAAGAACUUCAGGAGUUUGCACAUGCUGCCGAGGUCUUCAAACCAACAACUGGCAUUAUGGCCUCCCGAUUCACAUCCGCGUCAUCCUCAACCUUGAACGGAAACGAUGGUGGAGCAGCGAAUGUGAACCUUCUACGACAGCCAGCCGCAAAGCCAGAAGAUCCCGCAGAGCAGGCGGCGAAGCUAGGCAUGUACGGUCCCAUGACUCGAAGUAGUUUCCCCUUCUACCCAUCGCGACUCCUUUGCAAACGCUUCAAUGUCAAGCCCCCGCCAGACAUGCCACCGGAGUUUGAUGCUGGCGAAAGCCACUUCAAAUCGCAGACGGAAGAAGCAGUGUCCAAGUCGGCUAUGGAGAAGUUGCAACAUGAGUUUUUGACUAACGGUCCUGCGCUUCAGCGGCCGGCUUGGAUGGGACAGGCAUCGGAGGCUGCUGUCCCGGCUGCAGCUAUACCUACAGAACAGAGUGGGCAUGCAGCUGUGGACGUGGAGAAGAAUGAGGCGCUUUCGAAUGAACGGGCUUCUGAGGAUGUUUUCAAGGCUAUCUUCGGAGACGACGACGAUGAUGAGGACUGA